GGGGGGCAUGGACAAAAGACGUCCAGUGUAAAGUACGUUGUGAAUAAUAAAAAUAAACAAACGAGGAAACCACCAAAGAAUGCCAGAUAGACUGUUGGAGCUCUUGACUAGACUUGUUAAGACAGACACUUGUGAAGUGAACAGAUACGACGAUGUAAAGCUAAUCUUGCCAUUAAAGUGACUUUGGAACAACAUCGUAACAGUCAGAAAAGUGCAAUCAGUUAACAAGUCAAAAAGAAAAUUUUUAAAGAUGUCUCAUCCAGAAGCCAACGUCGUAACCCACGAGUUAACCGAAGUUAACCUGACCGGACGUGGCCGUGUAGAUAUGUCCAACUUCGAAUUGCUGAAAGUACUCGGAACUGGAGCGUACGGAAAAGUGUUCCUGGUGAGGAAGCAAGGUGGCAAUGACCACGGAACUCUUUACGCCAUGAAGGUCUUGAAGAAGGCUUCCAUCGUGCAAAAGAAAAAAACGGCCGAGCACACCAUGACGGAGCGCCAGGUCCUCGAAGCCGUCCGACAAUCGCCGUUCCUAGUGACUCUCUACUACGCCUUCCAGACCGACGCCAAGCUCCACCUCAUUCUCGAUUACGUCAGUGGAGGAGAGCUAUUCACACACCUGUACCAACGGGAGAGAUUCGCAGAGAACGAAGUGCGCAUCUACAUAGCGGAGAUCAUUUUAGCUCUGGAACAUUUGCAUAAGCUGGGCAUCAUUUACCGAGAUAUCAAACUGGAAAAUAUAUUGCUCGACUCGCAAGGCCACAUCGUAUUGACCGACUUUGGACUUAGCAAGGAAUUCCUGCCGCACGAGAAGAAUACUAGGGCCUAUUCGUUUUGCGGUACGAUUGAAUACAUGGCUCCUGAGAUCGUGCGAGGCGGAGGCGCAGGCCACGAUAUGGCCGUCGAUUGGUGGGGCGUAGGAGUGCUCACUUACGAACUGUUAACUGGCGCAUCUCCUUUCACAGUCGAAGGCGAGAAAAACAAUCAACAAGAGAUUUCUAGACGCAUUUUGAGCAUCCACCCACCUAUUCCACAAGAUUUAUCGAUAGAGGUAAAAGACUUCAUUGGGCAACUGUUGACAAAAGAUCCAAGUCGGCGACUUGGUGGUGGCCCAUCAGAUGCUGUGGAACUCAAACAACAUUCCUUUUUCAGAAAUUUGAAUUGGGAUGAAGUGGGCAAAAAAUUAGUGCGCGCGCCGUUCAUACCGCGCAUCGCCGACGAGCUGGACGUCAGCAAUUUCGCGGAAGAAUUCACGGGAAUGGCCGCGACAGAUUCGCCCGCCAUAGUUCCCGCCAACGUCGAUAAAAUUUUCAAGGGCUAUUCUUACAUAGCCCCGUCUAUCCUAUUCACGGACAACAUCAUCAGCGAAGAUUUAUUCGCCUUAUCAGCUGAUAACAAACCGACACUCUCCAACAUAAUCGGCGCCAGAUUUAAGAGAAAGACGAAGAAAUGGACAGCUGACAUCUUUCCCUCUCGUUUCCAGAAUUCCACGUUCUUCCUUCAUUACCAUAUGGACUUGCGGGAACAAAUGCUGGGCGAUGGCAGCUUCUCGAUUUGCCGGCGCUGCGUUCAUAAGGCCAGCGGCCAAGAAAUGGCCGUUAAAAUCGUUUCCCGUCGCCUUGACUGCAGCCAAGAAAUCAGCUUACUACGCAGCUGCCAAGGCCAUCCGAAUGUCGUGCGACUGCACGACGUCUUUUACGAUGAGGCGCAUACGUAUAUCGUCAUGGAAUUGUUGAAAGGAGGCGAACUUCUUCAACGCAUCCGGCACCAAAAGCAAUUUACGGAAUCGCAAGCGGCCCGCAUUUGGCAGAAACUAGUGGCUGGUGUUCAUCAUGUUCAUAGCAAAGGCAUCGUCCAUCGCGAUUUGAAACCAGAGAAUCUGUUGUUUGAGAGCACGGAAGACGAUGCCGAAUUGAAAAUCGUUGACUUUGGAUUUGCGCGAUUUAAACCGGAACCGCAGAAAUUAUUAAACACGCCUUGCUUCACGCUUCAGUACGCUGCUCCGGAAGUACUGAAAACCGCCCUAGUGCCGAAAGACGGACGUUACGAGAACGGAUACGACGAGAGCUGCGAUCUGUGGAGCCUCGGAGUCAUCCUGUACACGAUGCUGUCCGGGCGAGCCCCUUUUCACGCCAACGGUCGUGAAGGAAAUGCCUCUGCUGUUAUGCAACGUAUUAAGACGGGUGAUUUCGAUUUCGACGGCGACGCGUGGAAGCAUGUCUCUUCCAGGGCGAAAAACAUAGUACAAGGUCUUUUGACGGUCGACCCGCAAAAACGGUUGACUUUAAACGAAGUCAUGGCUUCUAGUUGGCUAGUGCCAAAAAUUCGUGAACCUCCGCUCGGCUUCACGCCGUUAAUGACUCCCGGAAUCUUGUGCAUUCGCUCUUUUGCCAAGACAACUGAACUGGCUGUCAAGCAAACCAUAGAUGCUUUCCAUAUGGCCGCCAGGGAGGGAUUCAGAUUGCAGGACGUGUGCAAUGCAAGAUUGGCUCAACGACGGAAAGCCAAACGAUCAUCCAAUGACGCUAGAAGCGUUUCGACUUCCAGUAGUUUCUCAUCGAGUUCUUCAGGCAACUCGUCGAUGCGAACAGCCAGCAAAGGAGAAGGCUCUGCCUCUUGGUCUUCUGUUGGCUUCACGCCGCGCAAAAUGACGUCGGAAGACGACAACGUGUUCAGCUUUCGCGAAGCCCGUGUUCAAGAAUACCUGUCUAGCCUGUCGGAGGCCGAGUCCUCCAGUCGGGACUCUUUCCACAAGCUGCAAGAGAAAGAGGAAUCGCGUUCGACCAAGAACAGCUGGGGCAAUGGUAUCUGUGAUAGUCUAUCCUCUGUCGUUGACGAUAAAAUCAAAGAGGCCCCUCCGGCGCAAGAUUUGAGCCUACCCGGACCAAGUAGCAAUGACAGCAUCAUUCUCAUGCCUAUCUCGUUAUCGACGAGGUCCAAGAAGAGGACGCCCAAUAAAACGUUACUGCCCACCACCAACCCGGUCGGCCCCCAACAAGGCCAAAUGAAUUGCGAAGAAGAUGCGUCACUGGCGUGCACAAACACUUGGAAACAGCACCAGCAAUAUUCUGCAGCGACAGAAUUCGAACGUCCACUGACGAGAGCCCGCAAGCGUCACAUGGCUCACGCCAACGAUGUUCAACCUUAUAUCCAGCCCAUCCCUAAGCGGCGAAAGAAUUUAUGAGAGAGAAAGAGAUAGAACGAAAAAUGUCUUAAUCAUUUGCCUAUACUGCGGAUUUCGUUGGGAGUUACGAAGAGUAUUUAAUCCUUCAAAAGCCGUUAAUGUUUUCGGUUAGUGUCUUGGGAGAGGGGGGGGGGUUCGCUCUACGUCUUGUAGAUAUCAACCGUUUCAAUUGUUCCUUGGUAACGAUGACGGGGGAACUUGUACAUAUGUCGUAUACUCCCCGUGAAUGAAUGUGUUAACGGUCCGCGUGCGAACUUUUCAACAUUCUGCCUCUAGUCAGUCGGAUCUGAGGCCUUAAACGUCAGCCGUGGUGUAGUGCUGUGUCCCUGACGAGGAGUUCAAAACAAAACAAAACAAAAAAAAAAAAACCCGCAGCCUAUCCGCCGUGUGUUCUAUUGUGGGGUUUGUCGGCUUACGAGUGCCUUAUGAGAAAUUACGUCGACAGAGCUGAAUGUACAAUGUAAAGUUGCUAUAAGGGUGAAGACCUGCUAGUUAGUUGACAUUUGUUUAUUUUUUUUUUUUUCCAUUCAUUGGGAUGCAGUCACGAGAAAACUUCUUUCAAAAAUAGGCGUGAAAACGGCUACACUAGUCCUCGAAAACAGUUGAUUUUUACAUCCAAUCGGCUUGUUUUGUUCAAACUUAAAAGCUUCUUGGUUUUCACACUUUCUGCCGUGGCUUUUGUGUUUCUUUUCUUUACGUGCCCCACCUUGUUAAAUUGUCAUGUUGAACAUAAGAAGCCUUUGAAUUUCGUCGGCCAAGUUCAUGGCCGAUGCAAGAAAACUCUUUCUCUAUAUGCCUUUACUUCUGCUUUUCUACGGGUCACGUGGCCGUGAGUAGGUUUUUUUUUUCUUUUUUUUUUUUUUGUCUCCGCAAUGCGAUAAGUAUGGCGGAUGACUGAAGGAAGGAAGCACGGAGAACACAUUCAAAACACAUUCAAACUACUCACGCGAAAGAAACAACUUCUCAUAGUCUCGCAUAGUAGCAAAUUCGGAAUCACUUACUGUCACUAGAUGAAAACUAAUGUUUUGUGCGUGUUGUGUAUUUUUUAACCGAUAGUGCUUGAAUACAGUGACGUAGUUUCGCGAAUGCCAAACAAGUCGCCUACUUGUUCAUGUGGCGAGGUUCUGUACGAAGCUGUCAAAGGUCUCAGUAAAAAUUAGAAGCGCUAGGUGUGGCUAAGAUAGAAAACGGUAUUUGAUUUAAGUUGUCGCAGAGAAAACGAUCAAUCGGAAAGUGAUCUUGAGAUCCCCCACAUUUUGUUUGUCCUAUUAUUGAUUGAGAGUUUUUGUUUUUUAUGAGACUUGUUGUAUGUGUAUCAUUAUGAAAUUGACAUGUUUUGAAUACUUGUGAAGAUAUAUAGUGUUUAAAUGGAGUUUAUGAUCGCGAAAGGAAUAUUAUAUGCAGUAGCACAAUGA